AUGUUCUGGUACUCCUCGGGUCGAAUUCAUAGACAAUCAGUACACUCAUUUCGCUAUGGGCGGCUCUAUCUUCCGCUUAGUGCUCUUGUUGAACGUGGUCCUAGUCCAACUUGCCUUUGCUGCACCUCUUGCAAACGACGAUGAGUGGGAAUACUUUGAUUGCGGGCCCAGCACCAAAUCUUUGCCGAAACAUUCGUCGCGGACAUCUUCGAAAGUUGCUGUCUCCUCUGUCAGCACAAGACAUCCGGAUACCUCAUCUUAUUCUCUGUCGGCUACCAGCCGUCUGACCUCUCUCAGCUCAUCUGCGGUACAAACUGCUUCUUCAACAGUAAAGCCUCAAACCUCUGGAAGCAUCAUAUCAUCGUUAGAGACGUCCGGCAAAAGCUCAGUCCAGCCGUUCCCAACCUCGAUGGUGUCUGCCUCAACCACGCUUUCUCUUAUCAAUACAGCCAGCACGUCGUUGCCACAGCCGAACAUGACAACCACCGCUUCAACCAUGUCAGUAAACAACAUCUUCGUGGCGUUCGCGACUGGACCCCCUCCGUCGCAGGUCUCACAAAGAUCCGAUCAUCCAGUCGAGAGGUCUAUGAUCGCGCCGCAGACCAAGAAGCUUCAGACCAACAAAUUCUAUGCCAACUUCUUCUUGGGCUCUCAAGCUUCAGCUACGUUUACCCAUCCCUACUCUGUGGCCUGGGCGGGAGGUUCCGGGAUACUUAAGAGCUACGGUCUAGCUAUUAGUCACAUCGAGAGGUCGCAGGUAGCCUUUGGUCCUGGGGAUCCUGUGCAAUACCUGAUCAAUCCUAUCGGGAUACAGUCGAUCACAUUAUCUGCGUCUGAAUUAAACAUAACGACACAGCUAACGAUGGACUCCCUGGACGCUUUCUCGGCCAACGUCAACCUCUUACCAAGGGUCGGUGCUCCUCCAGCUAUCACCUUUCCGUUGGUCCAAGGCAUGGGAUUUGUCACGGCGGUGUACAGUGGUAGCACACCUCGUGUUGAGAGCAGCAUAUCUUUUACUAAGAUUACAUAUCUCGGUAGGGUCGCUUCCGGAUCCACCUACAAGUACCAAGCAAAGCUUGCCGACGGCACUUCUUGGAAUGUAUAUGUCACGACAUCUCAGUCCGGAUAUCCUGUCAACUCGUUCACAUUGACUGGGGUGCGUGUGCUGCAAGGCGCUCCCGGAUUCCAGGGAUUCAUUCAAGUUGCCAAAGUGCCAUUGAGUGGAAGCACAGAUGCAGAGACCGUUUAUGACGAGGCAGCGGGAGCAUACCCUGUUGCUGCGACGAUAAGCGGCUCUGUAUCAGGUACAGCUGGAACCUAUAACCUGGCAUGGACCAAGCAGGGGGUCGCCAACCGCACUCUGCUUAUGUUCGCUCUCCCUCAUCACGUGCAAAGUCUCGCCUCCGGAACCGUGACAGACAUCAAGCUCCAAACAACGACCAAGGGGAUUGCCACUGGUGUCGUUGGCGACUCAUGGACCUUGACCGAGCCAGACCUGCCAAUUGACAUCGGUUUCGCCCCAUGGUCACCAACACAUGGAAGCGUCGACAAGGUCUCUGCUGCAGCUACCCGACUAAUAAACGAAGCUGGAGAGAGCGAGCUCAGCCAGGAUAUGGGCGCUCAGUCAAAUCUGAAUUCUAUGUACUACUCUGGAAAGGCUCUUGCCAAGUUCGCCGCCAUAAUUUACGCCGUACACGACGUCGCCGAUAAUGCCACUCUCGCCAUCAGUGGCUUAGAGAAGUUGAAGACCGCAUUCAAUGUCUUCGUUCGCAACGAACAGAUACUACCGUUGGUGUACGAGUCCUCCUGGGGUGGUGCAGUGUCCAGUGGCACAUAUCAGACUGGAGACUCCGGUCUCGACUUCGGCAAUACGUACUACAAUGAUCACCACUUCCACUACGGCUACUUUGUUUAUGCAGCAGCGGUAAUCGGCUACUUGGAUCCCAGCUGGCUAGACGCGGGUUCGAAUAAAGCAUGGGUCAAUAUGCUGGUCCGCGACUACUCUAACUCUGUCACUGAUGACGCAUACUUCCCAUUUUCCAGAUCAUUUGACUGGUACCAUGGUCACAGUUGGGCUAAGGGUUUGUUUGAAAGUGGAGACGGUAAAGAUGAAGAGAGCUCCUCCGAAGACACCCUUUCAACUUAUGCAAUCAAGAUGUGGGGGCGCACGAUCAACGACAAAUCACUGGAAGCCCGAGGUAACCUCAUGCUCGCUAUUCAAGCAAGGUCGCUCCAUAACUACUUCCUCUACACCUCAGACAACACGAUUCAACCUGCCAACUUCAUCGGCAACAAAGUCAGCGGCAUCUUGUUCGAAAACAAGAUAGACCAUGUGACUUAUUUCGGUGCCAACCCAGAGUACGUUCACGGCAUCCACAUGAUUCCUGCCGGCUUCCCAUUCAGCGCCUACGUACGCACCCAGAGAUUCGUCACCGAGGAGUGGAACGCCUUUUUCUCCGAUGGCCGUGCCGAUGUAGAUGGUGGUUGGAGAGGAAUUUUGUAUGGUAACCUGGCGACUAUUGAUCCCGCGGCUAGUUAUGCUUUCUUCUCGAACCCUGACUUCGAUCCGGCAUACCUUGAUGGCGGAGCUAGUCUGACUUGGUAUUUGACUUAUUCAGCAGCGCUGGGGGGUUCGCCAGAAUACUCAAUCAAGAGGUCUGAGCCUGAUGUGUCAGUACUGGAAGAAGAAUUGACCGGAGAGCAACAUGCCGAGAUCAAACGAGUACAUAGUGCUGCUCACCGGCAGGGGAGACAUGGGCAUGGGCCAAUUUGAAGCUAGAUAGAUAUAGUUUGGACAGUCUAAGCCGCUAGACGGUGAUAGGUGGAUGCUGGACAUUUUCCUGGAGUACCGGGAUCUUCACAUAAAUCCAAGGAUAGCACAUAACGACCAAACAUAUUCAGCUGGG